CGCGCACCCCGUCUCCUUUUCCCUCAGAGAGCCGCCGGGCGGGCCAGGCCGGGCCGCGGCCACGAAGAGGCAGGGCGCUGCCGCCCCGCGAUCCCCCCGGCAUGGGGCGCCGCCGGCGCCGGGGCUGCCGAAUCCCGCUGCACCGCCCCGGCCUGCGCCCGCGCCCACGGAGCUUGUAGCCGGGGGAGGCGGCCUGAGGCCUCCGUCGAACCCCGCCGCUGCGCCCCGCCGUCCCGCCGGGCAUGAGCCGGCCAAGCGGCCUUCCUCCUUCUCUUCCUCGCUGAGCGCCGCCCUCGCCAUGGCCCAGGCCGAGAAGAUGGAGCUGGACCUGGAGCUGCCCCCGGCCGGGAGCGACGGCGGCGGCCUGAGGCGCUCCAACAGCGCGCCGCUCAUCCACGGCCUCAGUGAUAAUUCACAGGUUUUUCAGCCUUAUGUCUUACGAACCCGCAGGAACAGCACAACAGUUAUGAACCGGCAUAGCAUGCUGAUACCAUCAUCUCCGAUCCGUAUCCCUAGUAGUCGACUCCAUCAGAUCAGGAGGGAGGAAGGCGUGGACCUGAUGAACAGAGAAACAGCCCAUGAAAGGGAAGUGCAAACAGCAAUGCAGAUAAGCCAGUCAUGGGAAGAAAGCUUGAGCCUGAGCGACAACGACUUGGACAAAUCCGAAAAAUCUUCCUCUCCAAAGAGAAUAGACUUCAUUCCUGUUUCUCCAGCUCCUUCACCCACCAGAGGUAUAGGAAAGCAAUGCUUCUCACCGUCUCUGCAAAUGUUUGUGAGCAGUAACGGAUUGCCUCCGAGCCCUAUUCCUAGUCCCACGAGGAGAUUUUCAAACAGGAGGAGUCAGAGUCCAAUCAACUGCAUCAGGCCCAGUGUACUUGGUCCCAUUAAAAGAAAAGGUGAAAUGGAAACUGAAAGCCAGCCAAAGAGACUUUUCCAGGGAACCACGAACAUGCUUUCUCCUGAUGUCACCCACCUGACCGACCUCAGCUCAUGUUUGUCUUCGGAUAUCCUGGAUGGGAGCACCAGCAGCAUCAGCUCUUCCUCCGACUCCUUGGCCAAAGGCAGCACCACCGCCGAAUCGCCCCUCGCAUGCUCCAACUCCUGCUCUUCCUUCCUCUUGAUGGACGACCUUUCGCCCAAGUGACUUUUCCCAGGGGAGGGGUCGACAUCUGCUGACUCUCUCAACUCUGCACAGGCGCUGAGAAAAUCGAUGGGAAAUGAAUCCUCCAGGACCUGAGGAUUUUAAGUACUGAGUGGAAAUAAUGAAUGCGACUUUUAAUUCUUGGCAACUUCUCCGAGUGGGUUUUGAUGAUCUUUUUUUCCUCUUUCGACCGACAUGCCAGGCCCUUAACGAUUGGUCCUUUUGGCUGUCUGGUUCUGCGGCUUUUUUUUUUUUUAAAAAAACCCCAACCCCGUUAUUUUACUCGUAUCUGUUGAGAAUCAUUACUAUCUUUGCUUUAAAAAGAAACCGCAGUGCUUUUUAGAAUUUUUCAGGACAAGCACCUAAUUUAUAUGAGUGUGAAAAUGGUAGGCGGGGAGCCUUUCACUGUUGCUAUCAUGGUCGUGGGUUCUGGAGGUAGCGGAUGGGGAUGAGGGAAUUGUUAGAAAACUGUCCUUGUUCAACAUGCUUUUUUUUUUUUUUU